AUGACGGAGCCACAGGCACCGGGGCGGUGGAGGUGGUCAGAAAAGCAGGCGGAAGCGAACGUUCUCUCGACGUUCUCUCCACAUCCCAACGUGCUCAAGGCGAACCCCGCGAUCGUAGCGCUCUCGACGGCGGACCAGGACCAGGUACCCGUGGACUCCGAACAGACUUGCGCGCCUCGUGCCAGAGUGUUAGCGGCCUGUCCCGACACGGGUGACUGGCCAAACGACCUGAAGGCAGCGCUGAAGGGCUUGUGGGAGAAGGCUGACGCCACAUACAGACGCUUGUACCGUGCCAAGAUCCAGGCGAUCAACGGCCAAGAUCAGACCAGCAGCAUCAGUGCUGUCAACUACAUCCCGAGCGACGGCGACGCUGUCGACUAUGACAUUGAGGGGAUGGACGCGAUCCUGAGAACAACCGAGCUGGAAACAGCCGACGUCCAAGACUUCUUCGCCCAUACACUUCCUCCAGACGACCUCGACGUGGCAGGCGACAAUGCGGCAAGCGGAACUCCCAUCGCUGACGCUCCCUCUGGUCCCGAGUCGCAUCUCAAACCCCUUCCCGACUGGCGCGCCGCCCCGUACCUACUCUCUCGGUAUCCCUCGAGAGACAGCGCCUUCCCAGAGCCGCGUGGCUGGGGUAACAAAGCGUCAUCAAGCGACGUCGGCCUAUUCGAUGCGUCUGGAGGAGACUUCGACAGUGCCCGACUGCUGAGGGAGCACCUAUCGCUCUAUCUACCUGCCCCAUAUGGUGGCCGCUACCGACCAGGACUUCGAGAAGGAAAGUCAUCUGCGCAGGUGCCUGAUAUGGCAGCGCCGGCUUCCGGAUUUUUGCCCGUUGCCAUUGUUCAGCCGGAUCACACUGGCGCCGACGUGUCCGUUGCAGACGUUCGAGUGGGCCAGUUGCAAGUGGGCAGCUCGGGCACGUUCCCGCCCACGCCCCUUGACCCACACUUGCCCACGGCCGAGGCCAUGUCCGUGUUCGGAGCACCUUUCGGACCGGCUUCGGGCAGGCCACAGCAGAUGACAGGUUUGCGCGCCGAAGUGACAGACUCGCACUCCGUGCACGGCGCGCGGCCCGGAGCACACCGGCACACGGCGAUGAUUAGAGUUCGGAGGCGCCAUUUGUUUCUCGGUGAACGACGGUGGGGAGCCGCCAACGCCGAUCCUGCAGGCUCGCAGGGCGUAAUGAGACAAGGGUUGGCAGAGAGCGCGGAUAUUGGAGGAUCAUCGUUGGGCCAGAGCGCCGCCGGCACUGAUUCCGGCACAUCGGACCACACCGGCGUGCGGGCAGGUCUCUCGUCAGGGAUCUCUCCGUGCACGGAGUCAAAAGUGAGUCCGCUCGCAGCGGCGCUGACAGUAGUGCUCGUCUCCGCUCUCCUCACCACCGUCCUCGCCGCGACCGCCUCUGCCGCGUCGUACCCGAUCAAGACCGACGGCGUCCGCUGCCGCUCGGGCCCCGGCACCAGCUACGACAUCAAGAAGACGUACAGCGCCGGCGACAAGGUCACCCUCUCGUGCUACAAGACGGGCACCUCGGUCGAGGGCAACACGUACUGGGACAAGACCGGCGACGGGUGCUACGUCUCGGACUACUACGUCAAGACUGGCUCGACCACCCCCGUCGUGAGCAAGUGCGGCUCGACGUCGACGGGCACACCCGGCUGCUCGUGGGUCAACGCCGACGGCAUCGCCCUCAUCCAGGAGUUUGAGUCCUUCCAGCCCCGUCCCUACAAGGACCCCAAGGGCCUGUGGACCGUCGGCUACGGCCACCUCUGCGCCAACGGCGGCAAGGACAGCACCUGCUCCGGCACCGGAUUCAAGUACCCUCUCACGCUCGCCACGGCCGGCGAGCUCCUGAAGAAGGACAUCCCUAGAUACACCAAGUGCCUGCGCGACAACCUGAACGAGGACAAGGUCAAGCUGAACAAGAACCAGUGGGCCGCCCUCUCGUCCUUCGUCUUCAACCUCGGCUGCGGCAACUUCCAGCGCUCCGACCUCAUGGCCCGCCUCAACAAGGGCGAGGACGUCAACACGGUUAUCGCCGCCGAGUUCCCCCGCUGGAACAAGGCGGACGGUGCCGUCCUCACCGGUCUCGUCCGCCGCCGCGCCGCCGAGGUCGCCCUUGCAAAGAAGACCUCGCACGGCACUUCGAAGGCCUUCCCCACCUGCACCUAA